AUGUUUGCAAAAGCCCUGCUGUUGAGCAGCAUCGCCGGCUUGGCUGCCGCCCAGUUUCCCCCGCCCGUGACUGGCGUCAAGACCCUGAAAUCCAAAUUCCACGAAAACGUGACCAUCUCCUACAAACAGCCCGGCCUCUGUGAGACUACCCCUGGCGUCAAGUCAUAUGCUGGCCAUGUCCACCUCCCUGCCAGCCUCUUGGAAGACAUUCACGGCGUCAGGCAUGAAUACGACACAAACACCUUCUUCUGGUUCUUCGAGGCCCGUCACGACCCUGAAAAUGCCCCGCUGGCCAUCUGGCUCAACGGCGGUCCCGGCGCCUCGUCCAUGAUGGGCUUGCUGCAGGAAAACGGCCCUUGCCUCGUCAACGACGACUCCAAGACCACUCGCCACAAUCCGUGGAGCUGGAACAACCACGUCAACCUGCUCUACAUUGACGAGCCCAACCAGGUCGGCUUCUCCUACGACACGCCCACCAACUUUACCAUUGUGCUGGACGGCGAGGGCGAGGAGGCCAGGACGGCGACCGACUUCUCCAAGGUUGCCGUGCCGGAGCUCAACAGCACCACCCGCGUGGGCACGCUGUCCAGCGGAGACAAGCUGCACACGGUCAACACGACCGCCGAGGCGGCGCACGCGCUCUGGCACUUUGCGCAGGCCUUUUUCUGGGAGUUUCCGCACUACAAGCCCAACGACGACCGCAUCAGCCUCUGGGCCGAGAGCUACGGCGGCCACUACGGCCCGGGCUUCGCGCGCUUCUUUCAGCAGCAGAAUGAAAAGAUUCUCAACGGCACCUUGGACGACAAGACGGCUCAUUAUAUGCACCUGGACACGUUGGGUAUCAUCAACGGAGUCCUCGAUGCCACUCACAGCGAAGAGGCUGGCAUCAUCUUUCCGUUUAAUAAUACCUACGGUAUUCAGGCUUACACGCAAGAGUUUUACAAUGAGCUCAUCCACAACUUUACUAAGCCUGGCGGUUGCCGCGCCCAGAUUCUGCACUGCCAGGACGUCCUCGAGGACCGCGACCGCAUCACCAUUCAAGAUGAGCGCGACGGCGGCUGGAAAGCCAUCUGCGGCAUCAGCGACGAGUGCGCCUCGCCCAGCGAGACGGCCUUUCGCACCGUCGACCACGGCCGCUUCGACAUUACGCACCCCAAACAGGACCCCUUUCCGCCGCCGCACCUUUACGGCUACCUGUCGCGCGGCGAAGUCCUCGAAGCGCUCGGCGUGCCCGUCAACUUUACCGCCACAUCCUCGGCCGUGUCCAGCAACUUUGACGACUCGGUCGACUACCUCAAGCGCGGCUUCGUCGACGCCGUCGGCUACCUCCUCGACACGGGCGUCAAGGUGCACCUCUUGUACGGCGACCGCGACUUUGCCUGCAACUGGAUCGGCGGCGAAAUGUCGUCGCUGGCCGUGGCCCACGCGCAGGCUGCGAGGUUUGCGGCCGCGGGCUACGCGCCCUUGGUCUCGGACGCCGAUGGCGGCGGCGUCGUCGGCGGUUUGACGCGGCAGCACGGCAACUUUUCGUUUACGCGCGUCUUCCAGUCCGGCCACAUGAUACCCGCGUACCAGCCCGUGCACGCGUAUGAGAUUUUUAUGCGCGCCACCUUUCACAAGGAUAUUGCGACGGGCAGGCUCAACGUGACGGAUGAGCUCGCGACCGAGGGCCCCGGAAGCACCUGGCAUCACAGGACGAAGCGCUACCCGGCGCCGGAGCCUCGAUGCUACGUGCUGGAGCCGGGUACCUGCACGGAGGAGCAGUGGGCCAAGGUGUAUGCUGGCGCUCUGGUCAAGGACUAUUAUCUUGUCGAGGAUGAUGGUUUCGAGUCGAUCGAGCUGUAA